AUGGCCCAAGCUACUGGAGUUUCAUUUAUCUCGACUAUGCCGCCCGAGCUGAGGCACGAGAUCCUGGCACAUUGUCCCGACCCCCUCACUAUGCAGUCACUUGCCCUGUCUUGCAAGGCCUUUUAUUCGACUUACAGCGCCGACCCAGACAGGAUCCUAACAUCUGUCGUGUUGGGAUCUGUUCAUCGGUCUGUUCAGCCCGUGGCAUCUGCCGCCUUGGCUGCCUCCAAACUCCCGGCUGGGGAUGUGGCAGCAUUCCAGCGCUUCAAGGAUGAACAUCUAGAGCCACAGCAAGGCGCGCCUGGAUAUCCGACGGGCACUUCGCCCAUGUCAGACAUUCUAUUGCUUGCUCGUCUUCAUGAUCAUGUCACAUAUUUUGCCGAUGCAAUCUCCCACGAGAUGCUUGGUAGACUACCCGUCCGCGAGGCUGGUGGAUCAAUGGCCAGCGAGCCGAGUGGUUCCCACCCGUCUGCCACUGAGCUGCUUCGUAUGCAGCGAGCCAUUUACGUCUUCCAAAUCUUUUGCCAUAUAUUCGACAGGGAACCCGGUUACCGGCGGUCGAAUGGUAGGAAUUUCCCGCCCAUUGAUGUUUGGAGAGCCUGUUACCCCAAGUUUGCUCAAUAUGAGGUUGAGCAGCAGAUCUGUCUCCAUGAGUAUUUCAUGGUUUUAAUCGCCAGAGGUUUCAACGAGAUCGUUCAGCAUGAUGUCACCUGGGGCUACUUGGGUGUCGAUCCGAUCACCUCGACGGACUCAACACUUGGACAGGAGAUUCUACUCCGUGGCCUGGACACUCUGCGCGCGCUGUCCGAGGCCGGAAACUACCAGGACAUCCGCAGCGUUCUACACGGAGGCGAGAGACGCACGGAUGGGCCGCUCCCAUCAAGUUCUGACUUCGUCAAUCGGAUGGAGCACAUAAACAAACAAGGAACAUACCCACAAUUCAAUCCAGAGGUUACGUUUGCCGUGUCGCUUACAUUCUUGAAUCAUGUUCGAGCACCUCUCUAUCAAGAUCCAGAGUGUGGCCCAGUCCGGGCGUGGGAGACUGUGUUCUGUGGAGAUCUGCAUAUGCGGGUUCUUAGACAUCGCUACAUCCGCAUUCAUCGCCGUCGGGGAUAUGUCUUCUGGGAUCUGGCCCGCCUUGAAAAGCAGGAGUUUUCUGGAGCGAGAUGGGAGACGGACCAGGCUCCGGAUCCUAUUGCAGAUUACUGGACAAACCAAAUGCUUAAUCCCCCUAUAGAGACAGUGUUGAUGUCGAGAGAGCGACGCAGCGAAAUAUGGAAAGCAGGGGGCAGGGGUUGGUGGAGCUUUGAUGAUGAGAGCAAGGUUGUGUAUCCGCAUGAGCUCACGUUGAAUGUCGUCUCUAGAUCUUAA